ACAUACAUUUAUAUGCACAUAUAUAUUAUAAUUUUAUGUAUCAUAUAUGUAGCCUUAUGUAUAUAUAUUAUACAUGAUAAUUUUUAAAUGGAUAGAUGAGCCAAGUUUGAUUUUGAACAUGAGUCUAAACUUGAAUUUAAGCUUGAGCUUAGUUGUGAAAUCGGAUGAGUUGAGCUUGAGUUUAGACACAAAAUUAUCGAACUAAGCUUGAAGAUGUUUAGAAUUCAUCACAAUUCCAAACCGGCUCCAAACACUCUUCAUGAAUGAAUGAGCCGAUCCCGAACAACAAAAGCUCAACUUAGCUAUGUUCAUUUGCACCCCUAUAUAUUCUGAUAUUCUAAUUUCUCUUCCCUGAGAUAUGGUGCAAUGCAGUGGCUAUAUGUCUCCAGAGUAUGCAUUAGAUGGAUUGUUCUCAAUUAAAUCAGAUGUCUUCAGUUUUGGAGUUGUUGUCCUCGAGAUUAUUAGUGGGAAAAGGAACACAGGAUUUUAUAAUUCUAAAGAAGCCACGAAUCUUCUAGGCUAUGCUUGGAGAUUGUGGAAGGAAGAGAGGGCAAUGGACUUGGUGGACCAGACACUCCUGGAAUCAUGCAGUAGAAGUGAAGUUUUGAAGUGCAUAAAUGUUGGGCUCUUGUGUGUGCAAGAAGAUCCCAGUGAUCGUCCCACCAUGACAAAUGUAGUGUUAAUGCUCGGCGGUGAAACUGCAACUCUUCUGAACCCUAAACAACCGGCUUUUGUAGCAAGAAAACGCCUUUCCAGCACACCUUCUUCUUCCUCAAGUAAACAAGAAGCACAGUCCCAUAAUGAGUUGACAUUUUCUCUUGGAGAAGGUCGAUAAUGGUGUUCUUGAUUUAUGUUCUUCUUUAUCCAGGCUAAAACAGUUUUACUGGCCAAGUUUUGACAAUUAGGCAGGCACAUUUAGCUAUUCAGUUUAAUAUACGCUGAUAAUAAUUACAUACCCAAUUUUUUUUUCCUUUGUUUCUGUUUGUAGAAAGAAAGAUCUAGUUAUGCAUUAUCUUCCAAAUCCACCUCUUCAAGAUAAUUCGGAUCCUG